GGCUUGGCCAGUCGCUGUAGGUGAGCGAGCAGAGCAGUGAGGUAAUAGGACAAAAAUGAGUGUUGAGUAAAUUACCGUCCGUCGGAGACACGGUUCCUCUUCUGCCAGCGCCCAUGGGCGAGGCCCGGGAGCGACCCCGACACGUGAGACCCACUGAACCCGACGGAGAGGCGCUGUUCCUGAGCUUCUUCCCGGUGGACGUUCACAUAUGAUGGAACGGGCGAUGGAGCAGCUCAACGUACAGCUCAGCCGGCUGACUCGGUCCCUCCGCCGGGCCAGGACAGUGGAACUCCCGGAAGACAAUGAAACUGCUGUGUACACUCUUAUGCCAAUGGUCAUGGCUGACCAGCACAGGUCAGUGUCAGAGCUGCUGCUCAACUCCAAGUUUGAUGUGAACUACGCUUUUGGACGUGUAAAGAGAAGUCUGUUGCACAUCGCUGCCAACUGUGGGUCAGUGGAAUGUCUGGUUCUGCUGCUAAAGAGAGGAGCCAACCCAAACUACCAGGACAUCUCCGGCUGUACCCCUCUGCAUCUCGCCGCUAGGAAUGGACAGAAGAAGUGCAUGGGCAAACUAUUGGAAUUUAAUGCUGAUGUCAACAUCUGCAACAAUGAGGGACUAACUGCUAUCCACUGGCUGGCAGUGAACGGGCGGACGGAGCUCCUCCAUGAUCUGGUCCAGCAUGUGACCAAUGUGGAUGUGGAGGAUGCCAUGGGACAGACAGCACUACAUGUAGCCUGUCAGAAUGGACACAAAACAACGGUGGUGUGCCUUCUGGACAGCGGAGCUGACAUCAACAGGCCAAACGUCUCUGGAGCCACGCCUCUUUACUUUGCCUGCAGCCAUGGCCAAAGAGACACAGCACUGAUCCUGCUCUCUCGAAGUGCCAAAUACCUGGCUGACAAGAAUGGAAUCACUCCUCUGGAUCUCUGUGUGCAGGGUGGAUAUGGGGAGACCUGUGAGAUCCUCAUCCAACAUCACGGCCGACUCUUCCAGACCCUCAUCCAGAUGACACAGAAUGAUGAGAUUAAAGAGAGCAUGCUCAGGCAGGUUCUGGAGCAUGUCUCUCAGCAGAGUGACAGUCACUACCACAGGAUCUUGACUAGUCUCGCUGAAGUGGGGACCACCAAUGGACACAAACUUCUCAGCCUGUCCAGUAGUUUCGAAGCUCAGAUGAAGAGCCUGCUGAGAAUCGUUCGUAUAUUCUGCCACGUGUUCUGCAUCGGGCCUUCGUCACCCAACAACGGCAACGACAUGUGCUACAAUGGCAACAAGACGCCCCGCAGCCAGGUCUUUAAGCCGUUGGAGCUGCUGUGGCACUCCCUGGAUGAGUGGCUAGUGCUCAUCUCCACAGAGCUGGACAGGAACAGGAAGAACCCAUCCUCCUCCUCCUCCGGGAGCGAGAUAGCCUCUCUGCUCCUCAAACAGCGGGAGGUUGACAACUCUGGCGCUGCACCAAAGCUUCCUUCCUUGCUGGACCCUCAGAACGUCAUGGAAACAGAGGUCUACGCUGACGGGGAGGACGUCAUCUCCAUGACAGCCCAUCGGCUCAGUGCUGUGAUCCAGGCCUUCUACAUGUGCUGUUCCUGUCAGAUGCCACAAGGAAUGACGUCCCCUCGCUUCAUUGAAUUUGUCUGCAAGCAUGACAACGUGCUCAAGUGUUUUGUCACCAGGAAUCCAAAGAUCAUCUUUAACCACUUCCACUUCCUCCUGGAGUGUCCAGAGAUAAUGUCACGCUUCAUGCAUAUAAUUAAGGGGCAGCCCUUCAAGGAUCGCUGUGAGUGGUUCUACGAGCAUCUGCUGGCCGGCCAGCCAGACUCAGACAUGGUUCAUCGUCCGGUCAACGAGAACGACAUCCUCCUCAUCCACAGAGACUCCAUAUUCAGGAGCAGCUGUGAGAUGGUUGCCAAGUCCACCAACGAGAAACUCAAACAGGGCAUUGCUGUUCGCUUCCACGGCGAGGAGGGCAUGGGUCAGGGUGUGGUUCGGGAGUGGUUCGACAUCCUGUCCAAUGAGAUCAUCAACCCAGACUAUGCUCUGUUCACUCAGUCAGCUGAUGGAACCACUUUUCAGCCCAACAGCAACUCCUCAGUGAACCCAGACCAUCUGAACUACUUCCGGUUUGCAGGUCAUGUCCUGGGUUUGGCUAUGUACCAUCGACAGCUGGUGAACAUCUACUUUACCCGCUCCUUCUACAAACACAUACUGGGUAUCCCAGUGAGCUACCAGGAUGUAUCAUCCAUAGAUCCAGAGUACGCUAAGAACCUGCAGUGGAUCCUGGACAACGACAUCAGUGAUCUGGGUCUGGAGCUCACCUUCUCUGUGGAGACAGACGUGUUCGGGGCGAUGGAGGAAGUGCCGCUCAAACCUGGAGGGACAAGCAUCCUGGUCACCCAGGACAACAAGGAAGAGUACGUGCAGCUGGUAACGGAGCUGAGGAUGACCCGAGCCAUCCAGCCUCAGAUAAACGCCUUCCUACAAGGAUUCCACACUUUCAUCCUCGCCUCACUCGUCCAGCUUUUCGACGAAUACGAAUUGGAGCUCCUGCUGUCAGGGAUGCCGGAGAUCGAUGUGCAGGAUUGGUACAAGAACACUGAGUACACUAGUGGCUACGACCCCCAGGAGCCCGUCAUCCAGUGGUUCUGGGAGGUGGUGAAGAGCCUGACCCAGGAGGAACGAGUUCUUAUGCUUCAGUUUGUCACUGGAAGUUCCAGGGUUCCUCAUGGCGGUUUUGCUUACCUGAUGGGCGGCAGCGGUUUACAAAAGUUCACCAUUUCUGCAGUGGCGUUCACCUCCAACCUUCUACCUACCGCUAGUACCUGUAUCAACAUGCUGAAACUACCAGAAUACCCGAGUCAGGAGGUUCUGAGAGACCGGCUGCUCGUAGCUCUGCAUUGUGGGAGCUAUGGCUACACCAUGGCGUAAACACCACAUCAGUUCCUGCUACCAUGAGAGGCUGCAGACCCAAGCAACAAUCCCACCUCCACACACUUUCAUUUAGUUGUCAGGUACUGCUUUUGACAAAAAAAAAAGGAAAUCCAGAUUCCUAUUGAUGAGCUGCUGGACAGGCACAACAGACUGAAUAGAGGCCACAGGUUCUGGAGCUCCACUCAUACCUGUGCCUUAACUCUUUUUUUUGUUUUUAUUCAAGCUGGUUUCAGGUAAUUUAUGCAAAUAAUGAUUUGAUAUCUUCAAAUUUCACUAUUUUCAAGCAUUUAUGAAAAACAGCAUUUAUAAAAUGAACUCUACGUAAAACACAGGCUAAAGCAUAUUCAUGCAGGCUUACUGAAUGUCAAAUAUUGACUGAGUUUAAGUUGAUUUCCAUAUGGAUACAGGAUAGAAUUGAUCAGCUUUAAACAUGCUGUCAAUCAAACUAUCAUAUUCAUAUCAUAGGUUUACAGUGCAGAUCUAUUUAAAGGGCCUUUCCCAGGCCCACAGACCAGCAACCUGGUAUACUAAGAUUUUAGUUAGUUUAGUUUUUAAGAUUUUUAUUUAUUUUUAAGUCUCCAUUUCCCUGUUUUAAUAAUCCUUUCAUUUGGUUUAAAUAAACAAUCCAAGCUUCUCAGCUGCCAAUGGGAACACUGGGUGUGCUGCUUUACCAGCCUCCACUCUUCUGCUUUCACAUCCUUGGCAGCAGGGAUUUUCUACCAUUCAGCCACAAGUUACAAGAGCAUUAGGGCAGCCCAACACUGAUGUUGGGUGAUAAGACCGUGCUGGCAGCCGGUAUUCCUGUUCCCCUCCAAGGUAUUGGGGGUAGUAGACGUCAGGGCUCUGUGCAAACUGGGAAAACUGGCUGUGUGCAGCAACAAAGAGCCACAAACAAAUGGUUUACCCAAAAGGGAAGACUACUAUUAUUAUGAUGUGUGGUAUUAAUAUGUAUCCUCAAUAAAAAAGAAGGGCCCCAAACUAGUAGAAAUACACCUAGUUUAAAUGGACACCCAAGUACUGUAUUUGAGCUGUGGUGUCAAAAUACUUUUGACCAUAAAGUGUUUGUAAAAUGCAGUAUUCAAGUGCAAAUAAUGAUAAUACAAAUAAAGCAAUAACAGGGGUCAGGAAUCUUACAUUAAGGUAAAAUAAAAGUUUACACUGAAUUAUGUUGCAAAUACCUUAGUAUUUGUAAUAUCCUUGCUACGGUCCUUUGCAGAUACACACAGAUACUACAUCAAUAACAAUACAGAUACACACAGAUAUUCGACCGAUUACAAUGCAGCAAACAUGUGUUGGUGUUGUGAAGUUGGUAAAAAUAGAUGUCCAUUGGAGAAUACCGAUGUAGGGGGCGCUAACACUGCAGGAUAAUAGUAAGUGUAAUAUUUAUUCCGUUUGGGUUAUUAAAAAGUUACCUAUUAAAAUUAAAGCCAAGGAUAAAUAUUAUUAAUUUCUCAGAAAAAUAAGUAUGCAGAAGAUAAACUGAAUAUAUAAUUCAUUGAGGUGAGGCUAUUGAGGAUACUGUAUGAUCGAGGUGUUCUGUGUGAACACUCCCUAAGUAUAAAAGGUAUGUGUCAUGUGUUCAACUCUGAACUUCUUCACUUUCUUUCGUCUGUAUUUGUGCUUCAUGAACAGCAGUUUCCUUUAGUGAUGGUUUAUUGUUUGUAUCUUUCCCAGUCGAGUAGACUCUUAAAUGAGGAAUGAUACAACAUAUCUGAACAUGUUUGGCCUGCAUUGCCAAAAAGACAAAGCUGGAAUCAUUUUAAAUGUUAUUUUUUUGUAUUCUGCCGACACAAAGAUGCUGAAAAUGUGCUGUAUUUCUAAAAGGAAUGGGGACAACGUCAUAAAUGUAUCAGGUAGCUUAGUUUUCCUUCUUUCCAUUUGUAAAGGGAGUAUAUUGAUUUAAAACAUACAAUCCCAUUAUCCAGCAGUAUUGUUUUGAAUGGAUCAUCUACAAGCCUUUGUAUACUGAUAUACAUUUAUACAAACUUCUGUAAAUAUCUUCAGUAUCAAAUUAUGUGGUUUGUCAGAGUAAGUUUUUUGUGCUUUGAGAUUUUAUCCAAUAAACCUUGUUUUGAGAAGCCAGGUGAUUUGGUGGCGAGCUGCACAGGAGAACGUGUUUCAUGUUUCUGCUGCGAUGAAACAAAAGGGAGAUGGUAAGAGUGAGGAGAGGCUGCAUGUAGCUGAUGCAUGCAGCCCAUUGGUGUUUGUGUGUGUGUGUGUGCACAUAGUGUGUUUGCCUGCAUAGACAUAUGUGGCCACAGCAUGAGUGCUGUGCUGGGUCACCAGUUUAGAGCAGCAGGUCUACUGCUGCUAAAUGGCCCUUAACCAGUGUUUAGUGAGUCCAACAUCUGCUGCAGCACCGUUCUGACAGCAGUUUACAUUCACUAAGACCUCUGCCUCUCUCCUCACCCCUGUACAGGAUCAGACUGGAACUGAUGCCACACCACAAGACAACAUUGCCGGCCGGGUCCAAUCAAUUUAAAAACCUAUUAGAAUAUUAUUAAGAGCUCUAUAUAAAGCAUUUAUGCAAGCAAAUAAUGCCAGAUUAUAAAUGUGUAUAUGUAUAUAAGAUAUACGAUAUACAGAGAGAUGGUAGAAUGUUUAAUGUUUGUGUGAAAAUGUGUCAGAGAUCAGGUAAAAAUACAAAUUAAUUGCACUUUUACAGUGUUAACAAGGAUAUGUAGAAAUUAUCAUAA